GGCAUUAAUCCCACCAGGAUCUGCUCCGCCAAUGAGUGCAAAGUGGAGGUGGGCCCACGAAGUCGGAGGCCUGGUUCUCGAGGCGGACUCCGGUGUCUCUGCAUCCCCCGGCUGUCUGUCGGGCCCACUUGUCUAGCGAAGCAAUGUCGCGAAUAUUGCAGCACAAGUUUGCUGAGAAGCUUUCUAUUCUGAAUGAUCGAGGGAAAGGUGUGCUCGUUCGAAUUUAUAAUAUUAAAAAGACAUGUUCAGACCCCAAGACAAAGCUGCCAUACUUAACAGAGAAGAACAUGGAGUCUGCUAUCAAAUGCAUCACCAGGAAAUUUCCAACAAUUGAUAUACGGGCCAACAGUAGUCAGCUCAGCAUCAUCCAGAAGGAAAAGUCUGAAGUUCUGAAGAAUGUGACCAAUUUCUACCAAUCAUUUGUGGAUGUCAUGGAGCUUCGGGACAAUAUCUAUGAAUUACUGAAUACAAUGGACGCUUGCCAAAUGUACCUGGAUAUUAAUGUAAACUACGACCUGACCAAAGGUUACCUCGAUCUGGUCACCACGUACACCUCUCUGGUCAUCCUGUUGGCUCGUGUGGAAGAUCGAAAGGUCCUGCUUGGCUUGUACAACUGCGCCUAUGAAAUGUCCAAUGGUACCAGUGACUCCAGUUAUUCCAGGCUUGCGCAGAUGUUCCUGGAAUAUGACCAUCCACUUAAGAAGCUCACGGAGGAGUUUGAACCCCAUUGGAAGCUCCUCACUGAUGCUCUCCUCUCGUUACAAACCCUCUUCCCAAGGAGGAAUCUCUCUGCUGACCAUUGGCGGAGUGCUCAGCUGCUCAGUUUGAUCAGUACUGCAAACACCAUGCUCAUUCCUGCUGCCUCCAACACUAUGCCAUGUGAAUACUUGUCACUGGAAGUAAUGGAGAAAUGGAUUAUCAUUGGCUUCCUGCUCUGUCACAGCAGUUUAAACUCAGAGCAAGCGUGUCAGGCACUAUGGAAAGAGGCGAUGCAGUGCAGUCUGUGCAUUGAGCUUUUCAGAGAUGAGGUCCUGAUCCAUCACAAGAUGACUGAGGAACUGUUCAGCAGUAUGAAAGGAUACAGUAAGCGGAUCAGUGAUGUAAAGGAAUGCAGGGAACACGCCACCUCAAACAGUGGAUCUGUGCACAGAGAGAAACGUAAUUUCCUGAGGAGUGCAGUGAGGGAGCUGAGCACGAUCCUGUCCGAGGAACCCGGGCUGCUGGGACCAAAGGCUCUCUUUGUCUUCAUGGCUCUGUCGUUUUCUCGUGAUGAGAUUUCAUGGCUUGUGCGUCACGCUGAGAACAUCACCAAAACCAAGACCCCCGAAGACUACGUGGACAGCAACAUCGCAGAGCUGCUGUUUGUGAUGGAGGAGCUGCGCAGACUGUUACACACAUAUAAAAAGGUGAUCCAGCGCUACUUCCUCCUGUACCUGUCUCGCUUCGAUGCUGUCAUCCUCAAUGAAACCAUUCAGAAUCUCUCUGUCUGUCCCGAGGAAGAAUCUGUGAUUAUGUCGUCGUUUGUGAACAGUUUGACAUCUCUGAAUAUCAAACAAGUUGAUACUGAGGAGCAAUUUAACUUCCAUGGUCUGAGACUGGAUUGGUUUCGACUCCAGGCUUAUACAAGUAUUGCGAAAACACCUCUGAUUCUGCGGGAGAACCUGAACCUUGCGUCACUGAUGAACACGAUUGUUUUCCACACUCGAAUGCUGGACGAUUUGGAUGGCCUGCUGCAGGAGACUGGAGUCCUCACCCCAUUCUGUUUCUCCCCAUCUUUGUUUGAGAAGAUGUUUUCACAAAGUGCGGAGGACCCCACACAACUGCAGUACCUGAUUGCCUUUCCAAUGGUUUGCUCCCACUUCUCCAGCUGUAUUCAUGACAUGUGCCCUGAGGAGUACCCUGUCCUCGAAAGUCGAAGCAUUAAGCUCUGUGCCAGUUUUCUGGAUGAAAUCGCCAAACACGCCAGUGUUUGUAUUAUUGAAGCUCUGUUUGAGCAACGGAACCUCAGUGAGAAGCUGCUUGCCCAAGUACACUGCUCAGACCAUCAGCAAGCUGUCAACAAGAAGCGGAAGAAACCUGCCGGCAAGAAAGCUGAGCCCAACCGCGAGAAGCCAGGUGUAGAAAGCCAGCGUAAGGACAGACUCAUCGUCACCAACAUGGAUAAGCAUCACCUCACCCUCACUGAGUACUGCAAGACCAUCAACCAUGUGCGGCAGCUGAUUGUCUUCGACCACAUCAUAUUACCUGUUGAAUACCUCACCAAUCAUCUGGAAGUGCGGCUCACCAAAGCUAUUGUGCGACUAACUGGUUACAACCAGGCAACGCAGGAGAUUGUCAAGCCCUCUGAAGUGCUAUCCAGUGUCAAGGCAUUCAUUACAUUCCUGCAUUCUGUCGGCCACUACGUGAACAUUGACGUCACCAGGAUUUGCAAGGAUGUGCUGCUGCAGCAGUCUCAAGCUGUUGAUGCCAACGGAGAAAUAACCCUGACGACAGCCUACACCAACUGGUACUUGGAAAGUCUUCUGAGGCAGACCAGUACUGGGCUAAUCAUUCACUCCCCUGCCAUCAAAUCAUUUGUGACAAUGCCCAUUGAAAAUAUACAGAUGUUCAGCGCUGAAGAAUAUUCAGAUGUUUCAGAGAUGCAGGCAUUGGCGGAACUGAUUGGUCCAUAUGGAAUGAAGCACCUGAGUGAACACCUGAUGUGGCACAUCACUUCACAAGUGAACGAGCUUAAGAAACUAGUGGUGGAGAAUAUGGAUAUCUUGGUCCAGGUGAGGGCCAACCUUCAGAAACCUGAUGUGAUGGCCAACCUAGCCAAACGCCUAACAUCUUCUGACAACGUUCUGAAGAGGAUGAUGAUUAUCGGAGUGAUCCUGACCUUCCGAUCAAUGGCACAGGAAGCACUUCACGAUGUUUUAUCCGGCCACAUCCCAUUUCUGAUGGGUUCUAUGAAGAUUCUGAGUGAUAUCGCCAGCUUAGCUACUAACAGAAAGGACAUGCUGGCCAUCUAUGAACUGACGUCUGCAGCAGGGGCUCCGUGUCAGGUGGACCCUGCACUCGUCACUGCACUCUCAAAUCAGAAGAACGAGAACCCGUCUGAAGAAGAAUACAGACUGACCUGCCUCCUCAUGGUUUAUGUGGCUGUCUCCCUGCCAUCUCUCGCCUAUGACCCCAUGUCUAUUUAUAAUCAGGAGCACCAGGGUCACCGGAACAAUAUCCAUUGCUUGGCCAAAGCCAUCAAUGAGAUUGCAGCUGCCCUCUUCAAUAUUCACCAGCACGAUAUUCAGGCUCAUCUGAAGGAGUUCCUGUUGUGUGCCUCAAUGAGUCUUCUGCAGAUUGGUCAGGAAACAGACAAAACACUUGUGAAGAACAGGGAAUCAGUUUACCUCAUCCUGCAUAUGUUGAUUGAGGAAUCUCCUUUCCUGGAAAUGGAUAUGCUGGAGCCCUGCUUUCCCUAUGUUCUGCUGAGAAAUGCUUUCCGUGAAGUGUACAGGCCUGUUGUCAUGACCACUGGAUAACUGCAGUGUAAUUUGUUUUCAGGUUGAUCUGUGAAGCUAAUUGUAAUAAGGCGCAAUGCAGGAUCUAGGCAGGGGGAGCAGGUGGGGUCAGGAGGCAGUGGAGUUGGGAAUGAAAGAGGAAGGGCAUGAUUUGGUCAGUGGGGGAUCUGGUGAUUUGGGAGAAGGAAGAAGGGUAGGCAAGAUAGUGGGUGAUUUGGGGGGGAUACAGGGAUCAGCUGCAAAGGGGUGAAGGGCAGGGGUGGGUUUGUGGAGCAGGGGGACAGAGGUGGGGUGGGACAUUCGGGAAGUAGUCAACAGGGCAUGUAUUUGGUCAGAGAGGGGGUGAAGGGGAUUCUGGCCUGGAGGACAGAAACAGUUGGGACAGAGAGGAAUGGUCAGAUGUGUGCAGGGAAGGGGCCGCAGAGGAGACAAAGGAUGGGGUAGUUAAGUGUCAAAUACAAAGGAUGGAGGGACAUGAGGCUCCAGCAGUUUGAUCUGUCCCAACUCCACCUCCUCCGCUGUCAAGAUACCGACGGAAAUGACCCAAGAUCUGCUCAUUGCUAAAAUGCAGGAAACAUAAAAACAAAUAAUGCUUGCUGCUCAGACUGCUGUUUAACCCUGUGCCACAAAGUCAAAUAAACAACGACAUUUGCAUUUUCUUUUGAAAUACUUUGUUUAAAAAGAAUCAUUUGGGAGGAGGCAGGGGGGAGGAGGAGGAGGUGACGGAGGGGAGGAAGAGGUAGGGGGGAAGGGGAGGAGGAGACACUCCAUCCCAGGCAACAACUUGGGGAAUCCCCUCUGCACCCUCUCCAGUGCAGUCACCUCCUUCCUGUGGUGUGAUGACCAGAACUGUACACAGUGCUCAAGGAUAGAACAGACUACUUGAUUAGAGUCCUAUGUAAUAUUGUGCACAUGCACUUUGUCUACCCUGAAGGCAAUAAUAUAUCAAAGGUUCUUCAGCACCUUGUCAUGGUUCCUUUGCACAAAACAGGGGACAACACAUUGUAGCUGUACAAAACGUUGGUUGCACCACACGUGCAAUAUUGUGUACAGUUCCGGUUGUCAUCCCUGAACUGUCGUGAUGAAGGGUCUCAGCCCGAAAUGUCAACUGUCCAUGUCCCUCCAUAGAUGCUGCCUGACCUGUUGAGUUCCUCCAGCAUUUUCUGUGUGUUGCUGCAGGUUGUGACAUGACAGAGAGCAUGUGGUAGCAAUAGAGAGAAUGCAGAAGAGAUUCACCAGGAUGUUGCCUGGAAUGGAGGGCUGUAGUUAUAAGGAGAGAUUGGAUAGGCUGGGAUUGUUCUCGCUGGAACAAAGGAGACUGAGGGGUGACCUUCUAGAGGUUUAUAAGAUCAUGAGGGGGGUAGAUUGGGUGGAUUGUCAUUCUUUAUCCGAAGGUAGAAGAGCCUGAAACUAGAGGGCACAGGUUUAAGGUGAAGGGGGAGAGAUUUAAAGGGGACCUGAGGGGCAACCUUUUCACAGAGGGUGGUGGGCAUAUGUUGUGCCCAACUAAUUAAACCAAUGACUCCGACAUAAUCGAAUCCCUCUUCCCUGCACGUUGACCAUAUCCCUCCCUUCUCUGCAUAUUCAUGUGCCUGUCUAAGAGUCUCUUAAAUGCUCCUUUGCUGUCUUCCUCUCACAUAUCUGCAACUGAUCUAUAUCCCACUGUAUCCUUUGGCAUUCUACACUAUCCACAACACCACCAAUCUUUGUGUCAUCUGCAAGCUAACCCACCCUACCAGAUUUUCAUCCAGGGCAUUUAUAUACAUCACAAACAGUGGAGGUCCCAGUACGGGUCCCCGCGGAACACCACUAGUCACAGACCUCCAGCCAGAAUAAGUCCCAUCGACCACUACCCUCUGUCUUCUAUGGACAAGCCAAUUCUGAAUCCAAACGGCCAAGUCACCGUGGAUCCCAUGCAUCUUAAUCUUCUGGAUGAACCUCCCAUGAGGGACCUUGUGAAACACCUUACUAAAAUCCACGUAGACAACAUCCACAGCUCUACCUUCGUCAAUCACCCUCGUCACCUCCUCGAACAACUCAAUUAAGUUAGUAAGACAUGACUUGCCCCACACAGAGCCAUGCUGACUGUCCCUAAUUAGGCAAUGCUUCUCCAAAUGCUCAUAUCCCAAAGAAUCCUCUCCAAUAGCUUCCAACCACUGACAUAGGACUCAACGGUCCUAUGAGGACACAAAGAUAUUGGUCAAGGCCCUGCAAGCUCAUCUCUUGCCUCUCUCAAAACCUGGGUUAUAUCCCAUCUUGCUCUGAAGACUUAUACACCUUAAUGUUUUACAAGGAACACAGCACUGCCUUUUUCCUCAACUUGAAAUGACUGGGCAUCUCAGCAUGCUCCACAGUGAUCUCACUGUCCUUUACAUCUGUCCCUUUGGUAAAUACCGACACAGAGAAGUAUCUCACCCAUGUCUUCUGCAGCUAAGCACAGGUUGCCACCUUGAUCCUUGAGCUGUCUAACCCUCUCCCAAGUUAUUGUCUUGAUCUUGAAGGAUGUGUAGAGGGCUUUGGGAUUUUCUGUAAUCCUUGUCACCAAAGGACUUUUAAUGACCCCUUCCAGCUUUCCUAAAUCGCUCCUUGAGUUCCCUUCUGGCUCUUUCAUAAUCCUCAAGUGCUCUUUUCAAUUCCAGCUUCCUAAACCUUACAUACGCUUCCUUUUACUUCUUGGCAAAAUUCGCCACCUCUCUCGACAUCCAAGGUUCCCUCACCCUGCCAUCCUUGUCCUUCCUCCUUACUGGAAUAUCCUUCCCCUGUACUCUGUGCAGUUGGUCUUUAAACACCCUCCACAUGUCAGAUAUGGACUUGCCCAAAACCAGCUGUUCCCCACUAACUCUCCUUAGUUCCUGUAAUUUCCUCUCCCCCAAUUUAAUGCUUUACCUACAACUUGAGAGUGAUCUGAGCCGAAUGCAGGCAAAUGGGUCUAGCUCAGGGACACGGAGUCAGAAAGGUUGCGUUAGGCCGAAGGGCUAGUUUCCAUGCUGCAUAACUCCAUGGAUCUGUCUGUUGAUGUUCAAUAUGGGGUGCAGUACUGGUGGGGACGGGUCUGUCGCUGUAUAACACCAGGGUGCGAUACCGGUGGGGAUGGGUCCAUCGCUGUAUAACACCAGGGUGCGGUACCAGUGGGGAUGGGUCCAUCGCUGUACAACACCACGGUGCGGUACCGGUGGGGACGGGUCCAUCGCUGUACAACACCACAGUGCAGUACUGGUGGGGACGGGUCCGUUACUGUAUAACCAGGGUACAGUAUCAGUGGGGAUGGGUCCGUUGCUGUAUAACACUGCAGUGUGGUACUGGUGGGGAUGGGUCUGUUGCUGUAUAACACUGGGGUACGGUACCGGUGGGGACGGGUCUGUCGCUGUAUAACACUGGGGCAUGGUACCGGUGGGGACGGGUCUGCCAUAAACUAAAAUACUCUGCAACCAGUUACCUCAUUGUUUUCUUUUCGAUGUGAAAUGAAACUUUUUCAGUCUACAUGUGAAACUUCCAUUUGUCCUUUGUGCAUUCUUUGUGAUACUGCAGACCCGAGCUGAUCAGCGUUAUGUUGCACUAUCAAAUGAAUGUUGCCAAAUGAUCGAGGGGCAUGAAAUACAUGAAGUACUUUAAAGCCAGUUACUCAUUGUUUCAUUUCAGGUAAUGGGAGUAGAAUGAACGAUAGGCACGGUAGUGUAGCGGUUAGUGUAACGCUAUUGCAGCGCCAGUGACCCAGAUUCAAUAUUGGCCACCAUCUGUAAGAAGUUUGUAUGUUCUCCCCGUGUCUGCGUGGGUUUCCUCCGGGUGCUCCGGUUUCCUCCCGCAUUCCAAAGAUGUACAGGUUAGGAAGUUGUGGGUAUGUGUAGUGUGAAAGGUCAUGGCUGUCACGUGACACCAUUGCGCACUGGUCGAAAGUGACACCACUGUCAAUCAAGGUUUGGCUACACCCCUGCCCCUUUGGGCACACCUAACCAUUGGCUUUUGUAAAACACCUUUGCACCUGGCCCCAAGCGAUUGGCUUGUUUGAAUUACCUGGGCUUGCUCUACCCCCAGCCCUCCAGCAGUAUAAACAAUGCCACAUGCUAGUUUUCUCUCUUUGUCCUCUCCGAGGGAUGUUGAGGUAAGCUUUGCACUGGUGGAGCAAUUAGUGGGACCAUGGAGCUGAUGCUUGUACAGAGUCAGGAAUUGUAUUGUUUUCCCCCGAUCAUUUGUAACCAGUUUGUGUUGUGUGUGUACGCACAUCUCACCCUAUUGCGAUUUCCCCCACGUUUUGUGAUCACCCAUGUGCGGGUGUGCAUCUGUUCCCAUUCAUUCUGUUCCCGCGCUUGUCUUUGUGAUUAAAUCGUUUUUAAAACUCCAAAGACUGUAUCCAAAGUCCUCUACCUUUGAGACCUCAAAGAACCCUUUCCUCCCAACAGCAUGCUACGUUGGCACCAGAAGUGUGGCGACACUUGCAGGCUGCCCCCAGAAAACUACACAGAAGAGGUAUUUCACUGUGUUUCGAUGUACGUGUCACUGAUAAAAUAAAAAAAUUCUCCUCUCCUCUAAUCUCCAUUGAAGCAUCUCCAUUGCCUCUUUGAAGCAUUCUUGUGAUACUGUUGGCCCUAAACAUUCAGGAUUGCGUUGUACAAUCAGAUAAAUGUUAACAAAUGAUUCAGCAGCAUCAAAUUCAGAGAAUUAAGUACGUUAUAGCAGUUAAUUGAUUGCUUUAUAUUAGCUAACAGCAGUGGAAUGAAACAGUCUGCAUUGCAAACACCCAUUUAGCCCUUUUGAAACAUUCUUUGUGAUACUGUUGGCUCUACAUCAGGAUUAUGCUGAACAAUCAAAUGAAUGAUACCAAGUAAUUCAGCACCAUAAAAUGCAUAAAAUACAGUUCUCAACCAGGUACUUGAUUGUUUUAUUUUAGAUUAUUGCAGUGGAAUGAAACAAACUUCAAUUUAGCCUCAUUCAUGCAUUCUUUGUGAUAUCGUUGGUUUGAGCUAUCAGGAUUAAGUUGUACUAUCAAAUGAAUGUAACCAAAUGAUUCAGCA